UAGCAGAACCGUUUGCUCACGUGAAAUCGUGACGAUGUAAAAUAAUUUCGUGUGCGCGAUAUUUACCUAAUGUCUGCGUGCGUUGCUGUUAAAACAACUAUAAAGAGCCAGACGUAACGAGAGGGAGCGUACUCGGAGCGACGCUGCUGGUGAGUCCUACUUAGUGAGAGCGUCAUGGGGACCCUCUUUCUGCUAUUGGCAACUCUGUUGGUAAAUGCAUCGAAAGCCACAGAAGUAAUAACCAUAGACAAGUCCGACGGCGGCUACGAGAAUAUUCUCGUUGCGAUCCACAGUUCUGUCAAGCCAAACGAUUACCUGGUGGGCAACAUAAAGACACUGUUCCAGUCCGCAUCGGAUUUCCUACACCGAGCCACUGGAGGACGAGUGUACUUCAAGAAAGUCACCAUUGCAGUUCCAGGGACGUGGCCCAAGAGGGCUGACGUGAUGCGGAUAUCUUCCGAUGAGUUCCCAUCUUCACACGUACGCGUGGAAGUCUCUCCUAACGGAAACGACUCCUAUACACAUCAAACCCGAGGUUGUGGAGAGCCGGGUGAAUACAUUCGUCUCACGCCCGAGUUCAUCAUCGGAUUGAACACUUCGACGACAGACACUUACGGAAAUCCAGCCUAUCAGCUGAUCCACGAGUGGGCCCACUUUCGCUACGGAGUAUUUGAUGAGUACGCAGCCCCGGGAGACACGACUUACCCGACAUUCUAUUGCGAUGAUGGACAGAUCCGCAUCAACACGUGCUCUCGGGACAUUAAGUUCUUUCCCGCUACAGCCAGUGGGGACAAGUGCAAGCUUUAUGACGACUGUAAAGUGUCCGACGACUGUAUUCCCUAUCUUGACCCUUCUCAAGCACUCUCCGCCCAAUCAUCUAUAAUGUUUAUGCCACCCAUGGAGAACAUCGGUCACUUUUGCGAAGCUAAAGGACCCAGGCGGCAUAAUCCCACAGCUCCCAAUAAACAGAAUGCCAUCUGCAAAGGAAAGUCGGCGUGGGAGGUGAUCAGCAGCAACGACGAUUUCGUUUUAUUGGCGCCUCCAGACCUCUUGAAAUCAACAACAGUUACCUUCAGAGAAAUCCAACAAGCUCCCCAGUGCUCCGGAAGAUACGUACUUGUGUUGGACGUUUCUGGAAGUAUGGCAGGCGAUAGCAUGAAAAUACUCAAGCAGGCGACUACGGCUGUGCUGACAAAUCUAUUCCCCGACGACAUCGACGUUGGCAUCGUCUCCUUCAGCACACAGGCGACAAUCAGGAAGUCAAUCACAAAACUGGAUUCGGGCAGUCGGCAAGAUUUCGCCGAAGUUAUUCAAGAUCUAUGGGCUGAAGGUGGUACAGCCAUUGGCACUGGCCUCAUCACCGGGUUGACAGCGCUUAAGGCUGGAGUUGAUACUGCGGAAGGAGGCACUAUAAUUUUGAUGACAGACGGAGAAGAAAAUACCGGUCCAACUAUGCACGAUGUCUUGCCGAAGCUUAUCCAAGAAAAAGUAAAAGUGUCUGCGCUUGCAUUUGGGAAUGAUGCGGAUGCGAAGCUGGAAGAGAUCAUUCAGGCAACUGGAGGGCAAAUGUACUCGCUCCUUGAUGAUGUCAAGCAUAAACAAAAUCACGGUGACAUCAAUUUAGAAAUAGACUCUGCUAUGUUCACUUCGGCCGUUGGAGGUUUUGAAGGUUGUGCGUUGCGAAUGACGGUUGCCGAAGUAUCUGUGAAUGUCACGACCAAAGAAACUUUGGCGUUCACCAUAGACAGCGACCUUGGUGAUGACACCGUCGUUACAAUUCUUAGUUCGUCGCCGCAGAGUCUCAACAUCACUCUCUUGAACCCAAGGGGUGAAGUGUUCACUUCGGGAGCACGAGAGGUCACUGAUACAGCUGUGGUCAUCAAGAUUCCGUCACCUGCAACGAUGGGAACAUGGAAGGUGCUAGCGGGAAACCUUGGUGGGGGAAUGAUUGACUUCAACAUGCGUAUCUCAUCCAAGACGAAGGACCCAGCAGAUGAACCAAUCCGUGCCAUUGCCUACGUGAAUCGUGCCUCCGUCGAGACACCCGAAGACGCCAGGAUUUAUGCCGAAGUAACGAAAGGAAAGUACGUAGUUAUUUGCGCCAGGGUGGUGGCAACUGUGAAAAGGCCUGGCGGUGGACGCGCAGUGGACGUCGAACUGCAGGACAAUGGAGUAGGAGCUGACGUGACAGCUUACGAUGGGGUAUACUCAGCGUACUUCACAGAGUUUAGCGGUAAAGGGCGCUACGCCGUCGUUAUUCGAGUGUAUGACAACGGCUCGGCUGAGCUAGCUAAUGGUCGGUUCUCAUCUCGAGGAAUUCCAUUGUACCCCCGACCUAAAGGAAAUAUUGUGGGGAGUAUGAAAGAAGCAUUUACUACAACUGCGUUUGAGAGCGUGACCAAGAUGUCUCCUCACACCGCAACUGUACAACACAUCGUGAAGCGUUCGGAACAGUUCCAGCGAGUCGCCAACGCGGGCUCGUUUCAGACGAAAGCAGACUUCCAGCAGAAGGAAAUUCCACCCGGCACCAUCACAGAUUUAAAGGCAUCUGUCCUGAAAAGGACACGUGGAAAGCCACUCAACACCACGUUGUCUUGGACAUGCCCAGGUGCUCACAUGGAUUCUGGACGCGCUUCUCACAUCGAUAUUCGCUACAGUUUGGACCUCAACAACCUACUCAGGGACUUCCAAUCUGCAGAAGCCAUCACGGAACGGGAUAUCCUCACUGGAGGGUUGUCACUCCUCCCUCCUGGCGGCAUGCAGAAGGUCACACUUACAUUACCAGUAAAAGCAGUUGGAGCUCUGGCCAAAUCCAAGAACAGUCCCCUCUACUUUGCAGCUCGUGUGUGGAACCACGAGAAUAUAGCAUCCGAAAUCUCCAAUGUUGCGACUGCUUCUCGUCCUCCUCGAUGUUGCGUAGUAAUCAUUUUCGGCUUUUGUGUCCCCUGUCCCCUGAAAAAGUGACAGCUGAUUGUACCUAUCGAACUCCUGAACUGGAGUUGUGGAUGAUGCUACGCCACCUUUUGGACUCGCCUCCCGAAGGGUUUCAUUUGGUGACGUAGAACGCGGCAAUGUUUAUGCUGUUAUUUCGCUUCUGAGGAAAUUUGUAAACAUUGGAUUCCUCUGCUUUUUUUAAAUGCUCAAAGUGUAACCCAGGAUGUGUCAGUUCAAUUUUACAGGUAUCCGAUGAAAGAGGUCGGUGAGCGCCUCUAAACAAAGAUGUGCCCUGAAAAUUGUGAGAUCGGAUCCAGACCGACUUGUGUCAAUUCAUUUUUGUCCCUUUGUUUUAUAGUGUUCAGUGAAUGACAGGUUUACAUAAUGAUGCGCUGUUCCUGACAACGAGGAGAGUAAUUAACAUCACUAAACACGCCGGAGGGCUGAGUUUUGUGAUGUUAAAAUCAAUAGUUCUAAGAUUUAGCUCUGCCAAGUAUCUAAGGCAUCUCGUUGCUGAUGCUGGUAUGACUAACUCUGAAAUGCUUUGUCGCCCUAAAACGGCAGUGUCAUAAUGUGAUGUCAACUACAUCGUAGGAACCACACCAAAUAAUAAAUUUGUGUUAUGCUAACCCUCACCGUGAAGUAUUUGUCAAGUAAGGUUAACUCAUAGUUAGCAUUCAAAGGGCGUUCGAACUCAGUUCAAAUGUCAAUGCUGGUGAGGGACUGUGAACUAAAGUUCACUAAAGUUCCCUGGACAAAUUUCAGAUGGCCAAUGGUAAUAUUUCGGUUACAUUUUCCAGCAACUACACUGUUAACACUGAACUUCACCACAAAACACGGCCAUCAUUGAGAAUGAUAGCAUUCGAAAUGAGAUGGGUCUGACUGUUUCGGACACAUGAUGCAAAAUGUAAGCCGCCCAAAGUUGGCGGAUCCGUCCCACUUUCUACAAAUCAGAAUACAAAUCGAUAUCAUUCUGAAUGACGGUUGCUUUCGAGCGGUGUUAUGUGGUGCAGUAUUCUGUGCUAACAGUGUACACGAUGGAGGCAAAAUAUAACAUGGAAGCAUGCAGAGUUGGAAAUGAGAUUUCUCCCAGAAAUGAGUUCCCUACAGCCUCGCUUUGUGCGUAUCUACCAAUAAUAUAUAAUUUUUUUACCCAUACAGCCUAUGCAUAUUGUUUCCAUGUAGUUCACUGCAUAAUAAGCUCAAGAACAGCAGUCAUCCAGAAUGUCUUCAUACACCACUUUGAUUUGUUUGAACCAUAUGAAAUAUACGCCUUAAAAAAAAUCUAUUUGGACAUGUGGUAACUGAUAGAAAAGGGCGUAGACCUCCGAUUUUUCAGAAAUCGGGAAAUUGACUUAUAUCAUUCGAAUGACAGUUGGUUCUGCUAACGAGAACUCGUAGCAUGGUAAGAUGUGUCUAUCAAAUCUCCGUGAAUGUUAGACGAGUCUGUUGUUAUUCCAGUCACAAAUAAACUGAUCUACGCAUCUGGCGCUUCA